UUCUUGCUUGCAUUCCAAUCCUUGCUACAACUCUCUCUCUCUCUCUCUCAAAAAUGGGUUCGACAACACCACAACUAUCUAAGGAAGUUCUACCUUACCUCAGAGUCUACAAAGAUGGAACCAUCGAAAGACUCGCCGGAACUGAUGUUGUCCCAGCAACCUUCGACCCUAAAACUGGUGUUAUCUCCAAAGACACCGUGAUCAUACCAGAGACCGGUGUCUCCGCCAGGCUCUACCGCCCCAAACUCACACCGGCUGACAAGAAACUCCCUCUGGUGGUCUACUUCCACGGCGGCGCAUUUUGCAUAUCCUCUAUUUCCGAUUCCUUCUACCACCACUCUCUCAACGUACUUGUCUCCAAAGCCAACAUCGUCCUCGUCUCCAUCGACUACCGACUCUCUCCAGAGCACCCUCUUCCCACCGCCUACGCCGACUCCUACGCCGCCCUUCAAUGGGUCGCUUCCCAUUCCGGCGGUUGUGGGGCGGAGGAUUGGCUGAAAGAUAACGUUGACUUUGACAAAGUGUUCUUGGCAGGGGAUAGUGCUGGGGCCAAUAUUUCACACCAUAUUGCGAUCCGGGUCGGGUCAGAGCCGAUCCAAGGUUUGAAGUUUCAUGGUAUUUUAAUGAUCCACCCGUAUUUUUGGGGGGAGGUGCCGAUUGGAUCCGAGGUCACGGAUCCGGUAAGGAAAGCUAUGGUGGAUUGUUGGUGGGGGUUUGUUUGCCCGUCGGAUAAAGGAAAUGAUGACCCGCUUAUUAACCCGUUUGUGGAUGGAUCCCCGAGUCUUUCCGGGUUGUGUUGUGACCGGGUUGUUGUUUGUGUUGCUGGGAAGGACAUAUUGAGAGAUAGAGGGAAGCUGUACUAUGAGUCAUUGGUGAAAAGCGGGUGGCAAGGGAAGGUGGAGUAUGUGGAGAUAGAGGGUGAAGAUCAUGUUUUCCACAUCUUCAAUCCAUGGUGUGAGAAGGCUCUCAAGAUGAUCAACAGUUUGGCGUCUUUCAUAAAUCAAGAGUCAUAUAGCUGUACUACGGGCGCAAAAUGAAUUUUAUAGAAUAAAGCACAGAUGUAAUUCAAAAUAAUUAUAUCUACAAAAAUGUUUGGCAGCUAAAAGGAGCCCUAAUUAUGUGGCACUAGUCCAUGUGUAAUUAUUGUUACUUUUUAUUGGUGCUUUUUAUUUUCUUUUGAUUUACUAAUUCAUUAGAGCUCUAUUUAGAAUUCUUGAAUUAGAGUUA